AUGCCUUCAACGUAUAAAAAGGACAAGCCGUGGGACACGGACGAUAUUGAUAAGUGGAAGAUCGAUGACUUCAAACCUGAAGAUAACACUGGUGGCACAUUCGCCGAGGAGUCGUCGUUUGCGACUCUAUUCCCUAAAUAUCGCGAGGUGUAUCUGAAGGAAGCAUGGCCGCUAAUCACGAGGGCAUUGGAGAAGCAUGGUAUUGCUUGCACUCUGGAUUUGGUUGAGGGUAGCAUGACUGUGAAAACCACACGAAAAACAUUCGACCCUGCGGCAAUUUUAAAGGCUCGCGAUUUGAUUAAGCUUCUUUCCAGAAGUGUGCCGGCCCAGCAGGCUAUCAAAAUUCUGGACGAUGGCGUCGCAUGCGAUAUUAUCAAAAUCCGCAACCUUGUCAAUAACAAAGAACGCUUUGUCAAACGCCGACAGCGUAUUCUCGGACCAUCAGGAUCUACAUUGAAGGCUCUUGAGCUUCUGACCAACACAUACAUUCUCGUACAAGGAAACACCGUGUCUGCUAUGGGACCAUUCAAGGGAUUGAAGGAACUGCGUCGCGUUGUCGAAGACUGCAUGGCAAAUAUCCAUCCAAUUUACCACAUCAAAGAACUCAUGAUCAAACGUGAACUCGCCAAAGAUCCGACGCUGGCCACGGAAUCCUGGGAUCGGUUUUUGCCAAAUUUCAAGAAACGAACUCUCUCGAAGCGCCGUGUUCCCCACAAUAUCACUGAUAAGUCAAAGAAGGUCUACACACCUUUCCCGCCACCGCAAGAGAAGAGCAAGAUCGACAAGGAGUUGGAGUCUGGCGAGUACUUCUUGUCAAAGCAAGCCAAACAGCGUGUACGCAAGGAAGAGAUUCAAGAAAAGCAACGCGAGAAGAGAGAAGAAAAGAUGAAAGAACGCCAGAAAGACUUCGUGCCUCCCACUGAAGAGGCAGAUAGAAAGGAGAAGAAGAAGAAGCGGAAGCAUGCCGAGGACAUAGAUGAGUCUACGGAGAAGAAGAAGAAGAAGAAGCAAAAAUCCAAGACGGAGACAGACGAGAUUGAAGAGUCAUGA